AUGCCCCGCACCACCCGCUCCAAAAAACCAAAACACCGCACCUCCUCCCGCCCAAAACCCAAACCCACAGCUCCCACCGCCGACGCCGCGGCCGCUUCUUCCAGCGCCAGCGCCGACGACACGGGCCCAGUAUUCUUCUGGAAGCCGCACGAAGUGCCUCACGGCAUCUUCUCGCAAUGGUACGAAGCGCCGUUCACCGCGCCCGAUCCCUCGGGCAGUGGUACCGUGACAUAUAACACCGCUGAACAAUUCAUGAUGCACCAGAAAGCGCUCCUCUUCAACGACCCCGCCAUCGCCGCCGAGAUCCUAGAGACCACUAACCCGCGACUGCAGCGGUCGCUAGGGCGCGCGGUGAAGGGCUUCGACGAGGGCGUGUGGGUGGCAAACAGGAGCCGGAUAGUCGAGGAGGUGAGCUACCACAAGUUCAUAAAAGACCCAGCGGUGUUGUUGGGGACGGGGGAGAGGGAGCUGGUGGAGGCGAGUCCGAGGGAUGCGGUGUGGGGGAUUGGGAGGGGCGCGGUGAGGGGUGCGUUGGAGGAUAGGGAGGGGAAGAGGAUUAGGGCUGAGAAGGAAGCGGCGACGGAGAAGGAGGCGGCAGUGGGCGAGAAGGGGAGGAGGAGGCGGAGGAGGCGGAGAAGACAGAGGUGGUGGGUGAUGGUGAGUGAGAAGUUGUGA